GCAGCAUCUUCGCAUCCAAUUGAUACUUCUACCAACAUGAACACCUCAUAAUGCCGCAAAAAACACAGUUAUAUAUAUGCAUCUUGCUUCUAGCCCUCUUCCAUUUCUGUCUUGCGACGGAGCUACAUGCAAUCAACGCCAAGGCAUUUGAAAGGCGGGCUACGGCGCCCGCUAUCUUCGUCGUGGCUUGUAUGUGCCCACUUGCCAUUGUUAAAUGAUUUGCAAAUCCCUAGAGCUAAAACUUUAACAGUUUGUAUGCCUUGGUUUGAGCCAUGUAAAGCACUCAAUAUCGAGCUAGCAAUUGCUGCUGAAAAUCUUGGCAAGACAUCAAACGUCGACGUCUAUGAAUUUGACUGCUCCAAAGAUCCAAAAUUUUGCGCGUCUAUGGAGGUAUUUUCGUUUCCCACGAUUCGAAUCUUCGACCAUCAGGAAUGGACCCGGUAUCGUGGCCGACAAAAAGCUUCAUCAAUCGUAACGAAAGUUCUAAAACAGGUCUUAAAUUCCAUUGUUCAGCUUGACGAACAUCAAUUCGAUGUUAUGAAGAGCUUGGAUCUCCCACUAAUGGUGCUGACACGACACAAGGGUGAAGAAUUUUCUUACCAACUUAUAGAUUCUCUCGCGCAACAGGAACUGUCGGCAAAUUUCUUUCUAGGGGAAAUCGGGUUUGAUUCACCAUUGCUUGCCGAUGUUACCAAAUCGGUGACCCCACCAUUCAUAACUGUUUUUAAUUCCCGCGACGAGACAACUCCAACAUAUGACGGAACUUUCGACAUGGAGUCGCUAUUAGAGUUUUUGAACAAAGUUUCUUCCCCUUUGAUUACAGAAUUACGACUCGACAACCUCGUGGGAUUCAUGGAGUCCGGUCUGCCUUUAGCGAUGCUAUUUUCCGCCAACGAAAAAGAGCGCAAAUCACUUGCAAGGGGUCUCACAGAUACUGCCCUGAAAUACCGAGGACGGGUUAACUUCGUCACUGUCGAUGCCGAGAAGAACUCGUUUACUUUAACGCCGUUGGGCCUGAGUGCAGGCGAUCUCCCAGCAUUUGUGAUACAAACGACCGACAACGUCUUUAAAUUUAAUUCUGAUUUGCAACAACAGCCCUCGGGUGCUGUUGAUGAGUUUGUUCAGCAGAGUAUUGGCUCUGUAAAUCCAUUAAAGGUGCAAGCGAAUGGUGUGCCCUAAGGCUGCUGAUACUAUAUGAAAUAAUUGCCAGUGUAGGGGGAAAGCCUCUAUAAAUCUAUCGGAGCAUGUAACGGUGUCAAAAUAUUACAUCAAGAUAUUAUUGUGAGCGAGAACCUCCGUACAUUGAAUAGUUAUUUGUGCCUUUGUAUAAUACAAUGAUGAACUCUAGAACGCAAUGCAAUGCAAAAGACUCUGACCU